ACGUCAUAACGCUAAAAGAACUAAAUUGGAAUAUGCAGUUAUGACAGUAAAAAAUAAGGAUUUUAAUUCAUAAUUUCAAUACAAUUUUCAUUUAAUAUUACCAUAAUUUAAUGUAUUAUUUUAAUAAUUAAGGCCUAUACAUUUAUUUUAAAAUCUUUACAUAAACGUAUUAAAUAUAUAUCAAUAUGGCUGGUGGAAAUACCUUACAAAAAGCCAUUGAAUUAGUAACGAAAGCCACUGAAGAAGAUCGUAACAAAAAUUAUGAGGAAGCAUUGCGACUUUACGAGCACGGCGUUGAAUAUUUUCUUCAUGCGAUUAAGUAUGAAGCCCAGGGUGAAAAAGCCAAAGAAAGUAUUCGUGCGAAAUGUAUGCAAUACUUAGAUCGUGCUGAAAAAUUGAAGGAAUAUUUGAAAAAAGGAAAACGAAAGCCAGUAAAGGAAGGCGAAAGUUCAUCUAAGGAUGACAAGAAAAGUGAUAGCGAUAGUGAUUCAGAUGAUCCUGAGAAGAAAAAAUUGCAAAGUAAAUUAGAAGGCGCAAUCGUUGUGGAAAAACCAAGUGUUCGAUGGGCUGAUGUAGCUGGUUUGGAAGGUGCUAAAGAAGCUUUGAAAGAGGCUGUUAUUUUACCGAUACGGUUUCCGCAUUUAUUUACUGGCAAGCGAAUACCUUGGAAAGGAAUUUUGCUAUUUGGACCUCCAGGAACUGGUAAAUCAUAUUUAGCAAAAGCUGUCGCAACCGAAGCAAAUAACUCAACAUUUUUCUCCGUUUCAUCAUCUGAUCUGGUUUCCAAAUGGCUUGGUGAAUCCGAAAAGUUGGUAAAAAAUUUAUUUGAACUUGCCAGACAACAUAAACCUAGUAUCAUAUUUAUCGAUGAAGUAGAUUCACUAUGCUCAUCUCGUUCCGAUAAUGAAUCGGAAUCCGCACGACGUAUUAAAACAGAAUUUUUAGUACAAAUGCAAGGUGUGGGUAAUGAUAACGAUGGAAUCUUAGUAUUGGGAGCCACAAAUAUACCAUGGGUACUUGAUUCUGCCAUUCGAAGACGUUUUGAAAAACGAAUUUAUAUUCCGCUACCAGAUGAACCAGCUAGACAGUUUAUGUUUAAAUUACAUUUAGGAAACACCUCUCAUCAAAUUACCGAAGCUGAUUUUCGAUCACUUGCUGCGAAAACCGAUGGAUAUUCUGGGGCUGAUAUCAGUAUUGUGGUACGUGAUGCACUUAUGCAACCAGUACGUAAAGUUCAAACAGCAACACAUUUUAAACGUGUGUCGGGUCCAUCACCUGUAGAUAAAACAACUAUUGUACAUGAUCUUUUAACACCUUGUUCUCCUGGUGAAGAUGGUGCUAUUGAAAUGUCUUGGAUGGAUGUACCUGGAGAUAAGUUAUUUGAACCACCUGUGACCUUGAGCGAUAUGUUAAAAUCAAUAGCAACAUCAAAACCAACAGUAAACGAUGAAGAUUUAGCAAAAUUGGAUAAAUUUAAAGAAGACUUUGGACAAGAAGGUUAGCACUUCUCGUUACAAUAUCACAUUUUGCUGUGUGACAACUUCUUCAAAUUUAUUACAUUAUUAUUAUAAAUACUAACACCGUUCGUUACAUUGUUACACCACCUGUGUUGUAGCAGCAUUAUUGAAAUUGUACUAUGUUUAUAUAUAUAUAAUUUUUUUUAUUUUUUCAUAAAUAUUUUUCGUGUUUUAAGAUUUGAUAUUUUUUCUAAUGUUAUUAGUCAUUUCCUUUUUUUUUUGUA